CUCAGUUAUUGUGUAGCCAUCCAUAAGUCACAUAACAUAGAAAAAUACAAAUUAUUAUGAUCAUUAUCAAAGAACGUUCCCUCCACAGCAUAUAUCCUUCUCUGUAUGAUCCAAGUCAAAGCCAAUCUUCACACGAAAACUAAGAUUUGAAAAAACCAUAUAUAGCUACCAUUUUCACAGGUUUGUUGCAGGAAGAUUGAUUCAACAAUGAUGCCAAAGGCUACAUCUUCCUCCUCAAACGAUUUUCAAGCAUCUCAAAUGUUUCCUGUGAAUGAAUAUUUGGCUUCAUCUUCUGUUGAACUAAGUUCUUCCUCAACUUCACACUCUUCUACCUCCCUCCUCUGCUAUCUCUCUAUUCUCAAGGACAAGCUAGGUCAGCUGCAGAACCUGGUUGAUGUUCUUGUCACCCCUCAACAUAACCUAACUCCCAUGGCAAUCUCCACCAUGAACGCAACACUCCAAGAAAUCAUAGUGGCAGCAACAUCAAUGAGAUUCACCUGUCAGCAAAUGACUCUCGGUUCCUCUUCAGGUACUAGUAUUGCUAAUGAAUUGCACCGAAACCAGAACCAGCAACAACUUGAUCAUGGUAGGGUAUUAUCACCUCAUCAUCCAUCAAACUUUGGCAACAACAAUAGGGGUAUGCUUAGUAUGAGUAGCAUUAGCAUGAGCUCUUAUAUGAUUAGAGGGCAAAGUGAAUUCUUAUCUGGUAUAGAAGGAGGGGCACUAGAUUGGUUUGGUGAAAGCUACAACAAUAACAAUAUUGGAGAUUGUAAUAACAUUAAGGAUGAAGAAGCCGACAGGAAGAUGAUGAUGAUGGGAGAGAGUGAUAUAAUCGAAUUGGAUGCUGCUGAUUUGCUUGCGAAGUACUCGUAUUUUUGCCAAGUGUGUGGGAAAGGGUUCAAGCGUGAUGCGAAUUUGAGGAUGCACAUGAGGGCUCAUGGGGAAGAGUACAAAACAAGUGCAGCUUUGAGCAACCCAAUGAAAAGCAGGGAUAGUUUAUUGGGUGAGGGAAGUUCCAGCAAGAAAUAUUCGUGCCCUCAAGAAGGGUGUAGGUGGAACCAGAAACAUGCCAAGUUCCAGCCAUUGAAGUCAAUGAUCUGUGCUAAAAACUAUUAUAAUGGUAUAUGCAGUUGUCAGAGUAACACACAAUCAAAACGAAAACAAUGUAAUUCAUAG